GGGAAAGGCGCUCAGAGAGUUUUUGGUGUCUGUACCUGCGCGCACUGCAUCAUGAAGCGGCCCUGUGAGGACAGCACGUCCGACAGCGACAUGGAUGAAACCAUUGAUGUGGGCAGCGAGAAUAACUACUCUGGCCAAAGCAAUGGUUCAUUUAUAAGAUGUGGUUCACCCACCACAACAUCCCAAGUCAUGGCCAGAAAGAAGCGGAGAGGGAUCAUUGAAAAAAGAAGGAGGGACCGGAUAAAUAAUAGCUUAUCAGAGUUGCGUCGCCUGGUGCCAACAGCAUUUGAAAAACAGGGCUCUGCCAAGUUGGAGAAAGCGGAAAUAUUGCAGAUGACAGUGGAUCAUCUGAAGAUGCUUCAGGCCACAGGAGGAAAAGGAUAUUUCGACGCUCAUUCUCUGGCCAUGGACUUCAUGAGCAUCGGUUUCCGGGAGUGUCUGACUGAAGUGGCCAGGUAUUUGAGCUCUGUGGAAGGCCUGGACUCCAGCGACCCUCUCCGCGUCCGUCUGGUUUCUCACCUCAGCAGCUGUGCCUCGCAGAGGGAAGCAGCCGCCAUGACCACAUCCAUAGCCCAUCACCAGCAGGCCCUUCACCCACACCAUUGGGCCGCCGCUUUGCAUCCCAUACCUGCUGCGUUCCUACAGCAGAGCGGACUUCCCUCCUCAGAGAGCUCGUCCGGCAGGCUGUCUGAGGCUCCUCAAAGAGGCGCAGCCCUUUUCUCCCAUAGUGACUCGGCACUCAGAGCGCCCUCUACUGGAAGUGUGGCUCCUUGCAUACCACCGCUGUCCACUUCGCUGCUUUCGUUAUCAGCGACCGUUCAUGCAGCAGCCGCUGCAGCUGCAGCUCAAACCUUCCCUCUAUCAUUUCCCGCUGGAUUCCCACUCUUCAGCCCCAGCGUUACAGCAUCUUCAGUGGCUUCUUCCACCGUGAGCUCUUCCGUUUCCACAUCCACCACAUCCCAACAGAGCAGCGGGAGCAGCAGUAAACCAUACCGACCGUGGGGAACUGAAGUGGGAGCGUUUUAAAUGUUGGAUUUAAAUGUUGGACGUCUUCCAUGCUUUGUACAUAAAGGAAAGAAACGGCUAUUGUGCCUGCUUUGGUCAGCAGCAUGGGCUUUUGUCUUCCUCUACACUGCACAUAUGCAACGUCAAACAUAAGCCAACAUUCUGGGAAGAAAAGAAAGACUUUUACACGUCGCACUGUGUUGGAAACCAAAAAGGAAGUUUGUUUCUGGUUUAACAGUGCCUGCGUAAACGCUGCUCAAAUGCUGCAUUUGAGAUGUAUGCUUUGAAAUCAUCUGACUUCCACAAACACCCAACAGCAGCUUUAGAGUGAACAGCUUGUUCUAAAACAAACCAAAGUUUUGCAGAUAAUCACUAAAGUGAGCUGUUUUUUAAUCUCUGAUUUAACAAUCCAGUUUGUAAAUCUGUACAUGUGUAAGAUUGUAACUAGAGUUUAUAUUGAAAUUAGACCGAGUUCAUUGGUAUGAUGCACUUCAAUCACUACUGUUUGUUUGGGGGGAGACGGGAUCUUCUCCGAUUUAUACAAUAGGCCUACUGAAGUUUUCUUUUGUUUUAAAAUAACAUUCACUAAUACUCAUGUGAGAUUUUCUACUACUGUAGCUGUGUUAAUAACCACCCUCUGUAAGAUGUAACCUUUUCCUAUGCAAAAAAACAAAUGUCCCUCAAGAACAAA